AUGUCGCGGAUGCACUCCAUCAACAGGGGUGCCGGAGAUGCCACCAACCGGGGGCAUGCCCAGGGAAGCGGCAAAGGCUGGAGGCCCUGGAAGCCCCAUUGCACCGUGGCCGUCACGGGCAUCACCGACAAGAUGAAGAAAACUGUGUUGCAAGCGUCUUUCGGGGAGUUCGGCCGGAUCAUCCGCAUUGAGGUGCCCGAUGGCAAGACAGUUGCGUUCGUCGAGUUCGAAGAGCGUCAGGACGCCAACGAUGCCAUAAAGGAGAUGCACAACACGCUCAUAGAGGACCGACGAAUCGGAGUUCGCAUGGUCGAGGACCUGCAAACAAAGGAGCGUCGUGCUCGUGAAUCUGACAGGCCCCGAAGCCGAAGCCAACCUCGAAGGUCAAGUCGGUGA